AUCAGUUUCUCUCUCUCAAAGUUUCGAAGCCAUGGCAGACGGCUAUGACUCUUCAUCCUUGGUUCACCUCAAUGUUGGAGGAAGAAAGUUUUCGACCACUGUUGGUACUCUAACUCAGCGCGAGCCUGAUUCGAUGCUAGCUGCAAUGUUUAGUGGCCGUCACACUUUACGCCAAGAUAAGAAGGGAUAUGUUUUUAUCGAUAGGGAUGGUAAGCUUUUUCGGCAAGUCCUUAAUUGGUUAAGAGACGGUGAUAUUCCUAAACUGGAAGUUACCCAAUAUGCAGAACUUCUUAAGGAGGCAAAAUACUAUCAACUAGUUGGGUUGACAGAUGAAUUACAAGCUGAACUUCUGCAUACGGACAAGGGUGAAAGUCUAAACUCAGAUGUAACGCGCGCUGAUAUCAUGAAGUACUAUAUACGCGGGAAACACAUCAAUCUUCGAGGUGUUAAUCUUUCUGGCAUUGAUCUCUCUGGAUUGAAUUUAUCGAAAGUCGACUUCAGCUAUUCGUGCAUGAGAUAUGUUCGUUUCUCAAAUGCAGAUAUUCGGGAUGCUAAGUUCAAUUAUGUAGAUGCUGAGGGUGCUACUUUUGACAAUGCAGAUUUGUGGGAUUCUACUUUUUAUGGAGCAAAUCUACGAGGAGCUUCUUUUGUGGGGAGUAAAGGGUACAGACUCUUUGGGGCAUCUUGCGUGGAAGAUUGUAGCUGCUGAAAGUCACCCUUGACAAUGUUGGUUGUUAGAAAUCCUUCAAGGAAGCUAGAUAUUAAUCAUUUUUAUAUUUCUUUUGAUUUAUACUUAAUUGCAAUGGGAUGAUCUCUGUGUAUUUUAUGUGUGGAAUUUAUCUACUGAUUUAUCAGUAGAUUAAAUUUUGUAGAGUAAAUUAAAUACUUUAUUUUGGGUUUGUUUAUAAGUGAUUUUAAAAUAACUGAUUUUUUUUUAUAUAUUUUUUUAUUUUUUGUAAAAGUGCUUUUGAAACCAAUCUUUAGUAAAAAUUUAAGUGAGUUCUAGAAUAACACUCGUAAGAAGUACCAGUUAGCACUUAAAGGGCUUUAAAAAGUUCAGAAACAAUUUUACCAAAACACGUUUCAGUCAUUUAAAAUCACUUCCAAACGAAUCCUUAUUUUUACUUAGAGCAUCGGUAUUUUGCAAGUUCGUUAUUAUAGAUAGUUCUUUGAAAUGAUCUUAUUAACGACAUAUACAAGAAUUGAAUUCUCCGAUAUAAGUGCUACAUAGUUGGCUCUCAUUCUUCACAAACCAUAAGUGUAUAGAAGCA